UCGGAGGGCGGGGCCUUACGUCACCGGAAGCAGGAAGUGGACGAGUGAACCGUCGCUACGUGACGUCAAUUUGUGAACUUGCUGUAACACACCUCCGUGCAGCUGGGACGAGACGCCCCACAUCUGCCGUGACAUGCGACGGUUCGGCUUCUCCCUCCUCCGCCGCCCCAUCUCCUUUCCUCCCUCCUCGUUCACUGUCCCCUCGGGGACACCAGGACAUGCCGUCCCCGCCAAAAGGGUCUUCGCCCGUUGCCAGAGCUCCGUCGCGGGUCACCGCUGGCAGCGCGAGAGGGACGCGUGCUCGGCCCUCGGCGGGUCGCACGCGCAGGACCUGCUGACCGGCCCCGAGCAGAGGCUGUUGAGCAAACUGUACGACGGGCUGAUCGGAGGUCAGCGGGCGUCUCUGGCCGAGUCCAUCACGUUGGUGGAGACCCAGCAUCCCAGGAAAAAAGAGCUGGCCCAGGUGCUGCUGCAGAGGGUGCUGGCCCACAGGGGGGAGCAGGAGAGCCGUAAUGGAGGGAAGCCGGUGGCUUUCCGAGUAGGUCUGUCCGGUCCCCCGGGAGCAGGGAAGUCGACCUUCAUCGAGGUGGUGGGGAAGAUGUUGACAGGACGUGGGCAUAAGGUGGCAGUGCUCGCCGUUGAUCCGUCCUCCUGCACAACAGGAGGGUCUCUGAUGGGUGAUAAGACUCGUAUGACUGAACUCUCCAGGGACAUGAGCGCUUUCAUCAGGCCUUCGCCGGCCUCAGGAACACUCGGUGGAGUCACCAGGACGACUAAUGAGGCCAUUGUUCUCUGUGAAGGAGCGGGAUAUGACAUUGUCCUGGUGGAGACCGUAGGUGUGGGCCAGUCAGAGUUUGCGGUGGCUGACAUGGUUGACAUGUUUGUGCUGCUGAUCCCGCCAGCAGGGGGCGAUGAACUCCAGGGUAUCAAGAGAGGCAUCAUCGAGCGGGCCGACUUGGUGGUGGUGACGAAGUCGGAUGGAGACCUGCUGGUGCCGGCCCGGAGAAUCCAGGCUGAAUACACCAGCGCACUCAAGCUGCUCCGGAGACAGUCCAAGUCCUGGAACCCUAAGGUGGUGCGCGCCUCCUCCCACACCAGUGAGGGCGUUGCGGAGGUCUGGGCGAAGAUGGAGUCGUACCGGGACGCCAUGUUAGCUGGCGGGGAACUGCAGGGCCGGAGGAGGGCCCAGCAGAAGGUCUGGAUGUGGAGUUUGAUCCAGGAGAACGCCCUCUGCCAUUUCCGCAAUCACCCCGGCGUCAGAGAGGCUCUACCCCACCUGGAGGAGAGGGUCACCAACGGGGCCAUCUCCCCGGGCCUGGCUGCUGACCUGCUUCUCAAGGCCUUCUCAUCACCGUCGCCGUAGGAACCGGUGGGAAGAGCGAGGACGUGUGACCUUGGCUCUGGUUCGCACACAACAACAAAGCAGCCGUGCUUUUCUCACGCUUCACGUGAAAUUGAAAACACCUCAGACAGGAACCCCCCCCCCCCUCCUCCCCAGAAAUGUCUGUUUCUGCAUGCUGUAAUCCAAACCCUGGUGAGGAAGUGGGUGCAGUGAGUUGUCCCCUCUCGGGUAAACGUGUGGACGAUGGACGGCAAAACGAGACAUUUCAGUUGUGUUUAGUGUUGCUGUGAAUUGAAAUAUGAAAUGUGGCACUGCCUGGUAAUCUAAAGCAGGCACUGGGUUUGUCCCCCAUGACAAAGACACUACGGACCCUGGGUUUGCUCAACCUUCUCAUGUCGUGGUCAAUAACGCACACUAUUUGUAAUUUGUAAGAUAUGAUCAGGCUCAGAGAAAUGAGAUUUAUUAUGACGCGUUUCCCUUAAUGAGCUUGUUUUCUCCCUUUUUUGAAAAGCAACUGACCUGCAAAAUGGUUUUAUUCAUAACUUGUGUUCCUGAGAUUAAUAUUAUCUUAAAAGAAUGAUGCGAGUCCUAAAUGGAUAAGAGAGUAACAUUAAAUCUAUUGGUACAGUUGGCCGA